CAAAGGGACGUAUGCCCCGACCGGGAGAAGAUAGUCAAUUACUGAUGCACUUGAUCUACAUUUAAGUGCGCCCUUUGGAUUUUGUAAUUAUUUUCUCGUUCAUUAUUAAACGGUACGGUUGACUGCAGAAUAAAGUCCAAGUUACAACGUCACAUUUUUUGUUUUGCUGGUACUAAACUAAUCUUUGAAACAUUGCUUGUACCAAACAUCCGUUUUGUACAUUACUUGAUUCCGUCUCCCAUACCAGCCUCUUCACGGUAGAAAUUAAUCGGAAUUGCGGCAUCAAGCUGGCAGAAGUGGUGAACAUCGUUUUAGACGCCCUGAAUCGUUGCUGUUCUUGUAAGUUCUUACAUUUUCUGGUUGGAGCUGGCCUAGAUAUCCACUCGAGACAUCCUAAAUGAUAAUGAAGCAUUCACUCUCCUGCUGGCUUGCUCUCCUGUCAUUGUUGAGCUCACUGAGAUCAUCGACGGCCGUGAUCGGAGGCCUGAUCGACUUCGAGUACCAUGACUAUACAAGCCUAACCUUAGCGAUAAGAUCAUUGACGGUUGCAUACCCUGAUCUCACACAUCUAUAUACCAUAGGGCAAUCAGUCAAGGGUCGAGAAUUAUGGGUACUCGCCAUUGCUGGCAUGGACGCUACCAAACACGUAGUAGGGAGACCAGAAGCUAAGUAUGUGGGCAACAUGCAUGGAGAUGAGGUAAUUGGGCGAGAAAUGUUGAUACACUACGCUGACUGGAUGCUACUGAACUAUGGUCAGGACAUAGAAGUAACACAGUUCCUAGACUCAACCAGACUUCAUAUUCUAGUCUCUAUGAAUCCUGAUGGCUUUGAAGAAGCCAGAGUCAAUGAAAACUGCAGGAGUUUUACUGGAAGGACGAACGAUCUCGGCUUCGAUCUGAAUCGGAACUUUCCGGAUUACUUCGAGAAGAACAUAUACGUGACACAAGUGGAAACCCAGGCUAUCGUGGACUGGGUGGCAGAUAUUCAGUUUGUAUUGUCAGCUAACCUCCAUGGUGGUGCACUGGUUGCUAACUACCCCUUCGAUAACAUUGACCCAGAAAUCAAGAAAGACAACACAUCGAUAUACAGCCCCAGUCCUGAUGAUGAUAUUUACCGUUACCUAGCAACUGUAUAUUCGUAUAACCAUCGGAAGAUGCACAUACUCAAUGAAACUAAAUGUGAAGGGAAAUUUACAGGAUUCGAGGAUGGCAUAACCAAUGGCGCCGAAUGGUAUAUUGCAGUUGGUGGGAUGCAAGACUAUAACUACUUGUUUGCUGGAUGUAUGGAGAUCACCUUGGAGAUCAGUUGUUGCAAGUAUCCUCCUCCUGAGGAGCUACCAGAGUACUGGGAGGAUAACCGAGAUGCGCUCAUGGAAUACAUCAAACAGGUCCAUAGAGGUGUAAAAGGUAUCGUUCGUAAUGAGCAAGGUACGGCCCUAGAGGGCGCUGAGGUGAAGAUAGUUGGUCGUGAUAUAACCUUCCGCACCACAAAGGAGGGAGAGUAUUGGAAACUACUACUGCCUGGCUCCUACGAAUUACAGGUGAGCAUGGAGGGUUAUAUCACCUGGACGAGUACAGUUCAAAUCACCAACUACGUCUACAACGUGGAACAGGUAGAUGUCUACAUGGCAACAGUAGAUGACGGAUCAGGAACAGCCCCUCCCAAGACUCAGGUAUCACUGGUUGUCAUAGUGAUGGCUUCGCUUCUUGGGUCGUUAUGGCAUCUCUGACGUCAUUAAGGAAUAAUCAUUGAGGUGAUAAUAUACGUCCUCGAGCGUUAACACGAAACAGAUAUACCAGCCGGACGCUGCAACUAUCACGUACCUUAACAAUAAAAUAUGCAUGAUUAUAGAUCUUCGUGAUAUACACUGACGUAAUACCUCCACAAAGUGAUUAACAUUUGCAGUGAUUGAGUCGAUAGACAGGCCUUCAUGAAAUUCUGCCUUUCCGAUUUGACAAAAUUACCUCCGUAUAUCGCCUACCGUGAAAAACUUUUUGAUGCUGUGAAUUAUCGAAGAAUACUACCACGUAAUAAUGAGCUUUUAUUAUUCGUGAAGAAUGGGAGCUGAACGCAAAAAUGGUUUGGGGCUAUUGAUGCCAGGCUGAUUGAUGCAUUGGUAUGAACAUGUAUGAUCUUCACCAUUUUGAACGGUCAUGAUCGAGGCACCUGACAUACUAUUUUUGUUCAGAAGGAAAGUCCGAGCAGCAACCGAAAGGGUGGCGUCUAACAAUAGUAUUAUUGUACCCGAUUGCUUUAUGAUUCGCAGCCAGCAGAGUGUGCGAUCUUUCCAAUCGGGAGCACUGUACAAAGUCAUGAUUUCGUAAUUUCUAGGAACAUUCUAAACCUUUGAUUAAUAUGCUUGAUACCUAUAUUGUGAUGUACCAUAAAAUCUGUCGUACAGCGAAUAUUCAAUGACGUCCUGAUUUUCGUGGGUUGUAAAGUUGAAGCCUAAUACUUAAACAAGACCGAAUAAACGAUGAACUUGCGACACAAACCUAUUUUCUCAUCAAAAUAAUGAUUUUAUACCUCAGAAUUGCUAAUGAAUCAUGAGAUGCACAACAUCAUUGUGUCAAUUCUAAAGUUGAUUGUAUUGAUGUACCGUGGUAGUAUGUUUGAUUGAUGUCACUCCUUGCCAAUGAUUCGAAUCAUGAAACAAAAUUAUCAUCACAUUUUUGUUUAUCUAAUAUCCUUUCACACUCUCUGUCUCUUGUUAUUUC